UGCUUGUGUUCCUCACUCCUGUCUUAAUUUUUCGUCCUUCCACCAAGAACCUGCUAGAUUUCACCUCCCGUACAGCGAAUAAACAUAAAGCGUUGUGAGACAGUAGACUGGUGGACUGCUGCAUCGUCUCGAUUCUCCAUACGUCUCUCUCGCUCGCAGAACCGUUUGACAGGUCAGAUCCAGUCGGAACCGGAUACUGUUGCUUCUCCGUUCCACCAGCUGCUUUGUGUGCUGUGAAGUAAAAGGAAGGUGAAAGGCAGGCAGUGUGCUGUCUCUCUCUCUCUCUCUCUCUCUUGCUCUUCAUCUCUGCCUUAGUGAGUACUACACAUGGCUUCCUCACUCCUGACCCGGCAGCUGGCCGUCUCCCUUCAGCAAAACUUGCGUCUCGCCGUUCCAGGUUCCAGUUAUGUAAGCAAAACUGCCACAAAAACUGUUUCAGAGUUUGAAUAUGACACCCCAUCCAUGAAGACCGCUGUGCCAGGUCCAAGGUCCCAGGAGCUGAUGAGACAACUUGGAGAGAUUCAGAAUGUUGGAGCGAUUCAUUUUUUUUGCAACUAUGAGGAAAGCAGGGGGAACUACCUGGUGGACGUGGACGGUAACCGAAUGCUAGACGUGUACACACAAAUCUCCUCCAUCCCCAUUGGUUACAAUCAUCCAGCCUUAAUGAAAGUGAUGACCAAUCCAAAUAAUGUGAGUGCAUUUGUCAACCGGCCGGCACUUGGUAUUCUGCCACCUGAGAACUUUCCAGACAAACUGGUCGAGAGCCUGCUGACGAUUGCCCCCAGCGGAAUGACGAGAGUACAAACCAUGGCCUGUGGUUCCUGCUCCAAUGAGAAUGCUUUCAAGAGCAUGUUUAUCUGCUACAGAAAUAAGGAGAGAGGAGACACCAACCCAUCUGCGGAGGAAAUCGACUCGUGCAUGAUCAACCAGAGUCCUGGAUGCCCAGAUUUGAGCAUCUUGUCUUUUAUGGGAGCUUUCCAUGGGAGAACUCUGGGUUGCCUGGCCACAACACAUUCCAAAGCCAUUCACAAGUUGGAUAUACCGGCAUUUGACUGGCCUAUCGCACCCUUCCCUAAGCUCCAGUAUCCUUUGGAGGAGUUUGCACGGGAGAACGCUCAGGAAGAGGCCCGCUGCCUGGAGGAGGUUGAGGAUCUCAUCGUGAAGUGGAGGCAGAAGGGUAAACCAGUUGCUGGCAUUGUUAUCGAGCCCAUCCAGGCAGAGGGAGGGGACAACCACGCCUCACCUGACUUCUUCAUCAAGUUGCGAAAUAUUGCACGCAAGCAUGGCUGUGCUUUCCACGUGGAUGAGGUGCAGACAGGUGGAGGAGCAACAGGCAAGUUCUGGGCCCAUGAGCAUUGGGGUCUGGACGACCCUGCUGAUGUUGUUUCCUUCAGCAAGAAGAUGCUGACAGGAGGAUACUACCACAAGGAUGAACUGCAAGCAGACAAACCCUACAGAAUCUUCAACACCUGGAUGGGAGACCCCUCAAAGAAUCUGUUCUUAUCAGAGGUGCUUAACGUGAUCAGAAGAGAGAACCUUCUGGAGGAGGUGACGCGCUCAGGGAAGGCUCUUUUGCAGGGCCUUUAUGCACUGCAGACCCAGUACCCUCAUAUCCUGAGUAGAGCCCGUGGCCAGGGUACAUUCUGUGCCAUAGACGCCUGCGAUGAUGCCACGCGCAACAGUAUCAUGAUGAAGGCCAGGAACAAAGGUGCGUUUUUGGGUUCCUGUGGCGAAAAGUCCAUCCGUUUCCGUCCCUCUCUGGUCUUCAAGGAGUACCAUGUCCAUCAGCUCCUGAACAUCCUGAAUGACGUUCUGACUGAGCAUAAAUAGAGUUCUGGCUGCCAGGUCGGCCUUGAUUAUGAAACGUAUAGGGUCCAAUCCCACUCGGUUUAUACCAGCCUGUCACAAUUAAUUGAUCACCGUCUCUCUCUCUUUCCGUCCAGUCUCAUCCUGUCAUUUCUAAUUAGGAAGGAUAAAAAUCUGUUUUCUAUCUCUUUUUAUUUAGCUGAUCUUGUCUUCUUCUUUUUUUUCUUUUUUUUUACCAUGGGUGGACAGAUUGAAGAUCUGAAGCAGUAUACAGGAAUUAUCCCAGUAGUAAUGCCUCCAAUUCAGGGUCAUUCACUCAAAUUAUAAAUUAAAGUAAAUCUCUCUUGCUAAUGUCGCAACUUAGUUUGUGAACUGUGGGGUCAUUCAGGACCAGAAAGUCCUUCCAUUGAAAGUUAGUUAAAUAAAGCAAUAUAGAGACCUCA